UUCUUGACAGUGAGUGUUGUCAAAUCAUUAUCAUUAAGUAAUAAGAAAAAAUGGUAAUAAGAAGCUACUCAGUUGAGAUAGAAACCUUAAAAAAGUUCUUGAAACUGGUAGUAGAUGAAAAAAAUCACAAACUAUUGAUGAAGGACAAGAAAAUUGCUUUAUACGCUGCCACAAAUUUAGACAGUGAAAAUCUCAAUGUUCUGAAAUUAUGUCUGGAUAUUUUUGAAAAACUCGUUGAAAAUACUGAAACUCAUAAUUAUUUGAUUUCGAUUUUUGGAAUUUAUGAAUCGUUACAGUCUCUUUGUAUUAGAAUGAGAAAUUUUGACAAAAAUAUUUACCAUAGAGCCUCAAAAAUUACUGAAAUUCUAAGAAGUGCCACUCCUCCAGCUCUGAACACUCGUAGCAAGAAUAGAGCAAAGAACUCUAACAAAAAACAAACAGUUUAUCUUUUAUAUGUUCCAGAUUUAGAUAAAGAUAGCCAAAGAACUUUUGAGAAUACUCUCCUCAAAACGAAGGGUGUUAUUUCAUUUUUAACAGAUCUGGAAACGAAAAGAUGUACUCUAAGGCUGUGCUCUAAUACGUGGAUUAAAGAAGUAAUAGAGAAAGUAUACAGAAAGUCUGGUUUUAAGUGUUUAGUCGUGAAAAAGAAUAAAAAUCAAGAAAAUGAGACAUUCUAUAACUUACUGACUCAAACAAUGGACGACAGAAGUUACUUGGAGUAUCCUCAAGAGGAUUUUCUGCAAAAAUCUGGAGCAAUAACUUCAAUUCCUAAUGAACAAGAACCUAAAAAAGGUUUUGUACAUUCUAUAGUCAAUUUUUGGAAUGAGUCUUUUUACUGGUGAUUGAACAGCAUAAUUAAACUUACUUUAAGACGUUUCAUGGUAUUAUGAAAACUCGAACUCUGAAUUGUGUAAUUAAAUAUAAUAAAGCAAUAAUAAUA